UUUUUUUCAUUUUAACCAGCUAAAAGCUCUAUGUAGACAGUGAUGCGGCAGGAACACCGGAGAUGAGAGAUGGAAAAGGAUCUUAUUGACGUCGUUCCGUGUACAUCCAUUGCCGUCGAUUCCGUCAUCCGCUUGGGAACGGCAGGUGCACUAUGGGGGGCAUGUAGAGGUCCAUACGAGGCUCGGAAAAGAGACCUGAUCGGCAUUGCUCGUGCUUCGUAUGUGGGGAAGUCAAUCGGCAAAUACGGCUUUCAAUGCGGAUAUGUUGCUGGAAUCCUAAAUAUUACUCAAUGUGGACUUAAAAGAUAUCGAAGGAAAAAUGAUUGGGUGAAUGCUUUGAUUGCUGGUGCAGUGGCAGGCGCGGCUGUUGCAGCUGGGACACGAAGUGGGACAAAGAUGAUAUCGAUGGCUGGCCUGGUUUCUGCCUUUAGUGUUGCUGCUGACCACUUUAAGUCAUCUUGAAAAAUCUUCUGUUGAAAACCUGAGGUGGAGCAAAAAGAUCCCCGUCUUUACUGCUUUUUCUUGUUUACUUAGAAGUCCAAGGAUACUGAGGUAGGUGGAGCCUGUAGAAGAGAUCCUAUUCAAGUAACUUUCUUGUACUCAUUCAGUCAUUUGAUGAAAACUUUUGGGCAUAAUUAGCAGCUGAAGUAGCUGGUGUAGCUUUAGCUAAGGAACCUGUUAUUUUGUUUCAGUAAUUGUCCAACUUUUGUCUUUAUGAACCAGUUCUUGGCGCACUGAAAGAAUUCAAUGCUAUAUGAUUGAGGUGCAAAA